AUGCAAAAGAAAUUAUUUUUUAUACUGUCACUGACAUUAAUUUUACGUUGGGUUAAAUCAUUACCAUUGGAUUUAGGUUCAUUGGAGUACGAUAAUCUUGAGACUGAUUUAUCAAAUUUGAAAUACGAAUCUAGUGGAAGAGAUUUAAAUGAUUUUUUUAAAUCUACCAAUGAAAAUGUUGCAAGUGAUAGAAGUGAUAAAAACAAAUCAAAAGUUAAAACAGAUAUUUCUGGCUUCAAGAACAAAAAUUCGGCCAGUACAGGAUUAAAUCUAAAGUAUAAUAUUGAAGAUUUAAAGAAAUUCUUCAAACAAGUUGGUUUAAACGAUGCAGGAUCUUAUGAUGAUGGUGCAAUUUAUGGAAUAGUCAAAGGAUUAGCUAAAAAGGGGGUUGGCAUCACGGGAAAUGAAGAAAGGAAAUAUAAAAAAGGGACUAAAUCUAAAGGAUUCCAUAAUAUUUCUCAUAAAGAUGAAUAUAAUCGGAAUAAUGAAUUUUAUGAAGAAGAUGAAACCAGUGGGGUAAUAAAAAAAGUUGGUGCAAAAGGACUAGGAUUCGAAUCACGAGCUGGUGCAGGUCUUAAAAAGGGGUAUUUUCAUCAUGAUCUUGACAAAGGACUGUUCGGCAAACAAGGUGUUUCAGAUAAAGGAACUCUUAAUAAGGACUAUGAAAAAUUCGCUGAUUCUCAAGGAUUUGAUGCUUAUUUCAAAAGUAGUGAUAGA